CUAUAUCAGACAUUUAUUCGAGCAGUUGAUCAUUAAGGUUAUCCUUUGCAUUCAAGUCAACUACGAAGGUUUGUCUAAAAGACCAAGACAUGGCGACAUUUUACAAAAUCAGCGCCGUGUUGAUAUGUUCUAUGGUGCUUCUAACGGUCCAAGGCCGCGUGCACAAGAAAAAAGAUGCAAGCGUCGACACAGCCACACCUAUUAAAAAAGAGGGAGCGUGCGUGGUUGGCGAGUGGCAAGGCCAGGAGAGUUCGUCCAUUCCAACUAUCCCGACUACAAUGUGGUUCAAUACACCAUCAAUAAUUGAAAUCGAAGCAGGUCACUAUCAAGCUACUGGUCGAAUAAUUAAGGCAAAUUACCUGAAAGAGCGGUUAACAUUGAAGGACAUAAACUUCAAUACUGCUGAGAGAACAAAUAUGGAUUCACUUCUGAAACUGGAUAUCCUGGCAGACACCUUCCACAUUGAGGGCGAAGUUACCUUUUAUGCCCUUCAAACUGUUAAAAUAUACGCAAGGAAGAUUGUCGCUGCUAAAGGAAGUCGGAUCGUUUUUGCUACACCAGAAUGGACACAGGAUUUUGCUACUCCAGUUGGAGUUCAGAGUAACGGAGUUGGAACCAACGGAGAAAAUGGAAAAGACGGCAAAGAUGGACCUCAGGUCGAAGUAUUCAGUGACACUAUACAAGGCGAACUUGAUAUCAGUUCUAAAGGAGGAAAUGGACACAAAGGACAAGAUGGUGGCAAUGGUCGACCCGGUUCUAAUGCCGCUAAUAAAGCUGACAAGUAUGGCAGUUGGACUUGGUGUAAGCGCGGCGGCUAUGUUUCAUAUAACAUUAUAGGGGUUGAUGAAUCAGUCGAAGCAAAUAAGAGGUGUAACGCUAAAAAUAGAGGUUCAGAAACAGGUAAUAGAGGAGGAAACGGAGCAAGAGGAGGAAAUGCUGGAACCCCAGGAAGGGGUGGAAAUGCUGGAAGUGUUACUCUACGCUACAGAAAUUUAAAAGGGCGUGUAAAAGCUAACGUCUGCGCGGGAACUGGAGUCGAUGCAGCCAAUAAUGGACAAGGUGGAAAUGGUGGCAGCGGUGGUACAGGAGUACAAGGAAUACGGUGCUACGCAUACGAUAUGAGCGAGUCCUCAGAAAUAAAAGUAUAUGAUUGCCGCAAAAGGCAAAGACUACACGCACCCAGAGGAUCAAAUGGUCAGAAAGGAGCCCCAGGAACUACUCCCAACGUCAAAGGAGAGGAUGGCACCGUUAGUGACAGUUCUGUCACUCAAUCAACGACAAUCAACACAGCAGUAAAGAACCUUUUCCCAGAAGGUCUUCUUCUUCUCAUAAGGAGAAAGGCAGUGGACUUGUUGCUAGGAGACAGCAAGAAUCAGGAGGGCAAAGACGCACUACAGUUUCUUGUCAGGAUAACGACUGGAAGAACUGACGUUGAAUAUAUUAUGAAAGAUGCCCAAAGAAAACUUGCUUUCGUGGAUAAAGACGGUUUUGACAUUUUUGGGAAGAACAGUCUCUUUGCCCCUCUCGUAAAGUGGGAAGAACUUCAAAAUGACGUAAACAGAAUAAAAGCAGCAGCAAAAAUAUAUGAAGACACCUUCACGAAAGUUAUGAAUCAAGUAAAUGACGAAGAAAACUUUCAGCAGAUAGCGACUGUAAUGACCUCAGCAGCGUCUCAACAAGUUAAUGCACAGAAACGACGACUUGUUGCAGCUAGAGCAAUAGACGAAAGUGAGAAAAGGAUGUAUAUUACGGCUAUUAGAGAAGCAGAAACACAGAUGGAAAAUACCAUAGUAAAAAUUUCCUCAUCAUUGAAGAAGGCUCAGCAAACAGCGGCAAAUAGAUUAUCCAAACAGCAGUUUUUUGCAGUGCUUACGGGUAUUACAGGUUUUCUUUCCGCCGAAGGACCAUACGACGUCAUUGACACAGCUGUUGCAAUUGCCGAGCACGAUGCAAACAAGGCUUGUCUUACAUCUCUUGAUUCCGUUAUUGGAAGUGUCAAGGAAUGGCUGACUUUUGGGAAAUACGUGCCUCUGACCGAUUCCAGUGAAUUGGACUUUGACAAAGUUAAAGUUAGCUCAGUUCCUGAAAUGAUGCAGGCCAAACUAGAGAUGAAUAAAGAACAGUUUGCUGCUGACCUGGUAUGCCUGCUGGAGGAGGCUACUAAACCUCGUGACGUUGCCGGUCUUAAAGCGGAAAUUGAGUCCUUUUUCGUUUUGGGCGCAGCUCGCAUCGACAUGAUAGCGAAAAUUAUGGACCUUGACAACACUAUUGGGGGGCAUAAUUUUGAUAUCCCACUUCUGGAAAAGACAGAGAAAGCAAUUACUGAACUCAGUAACCCAACAGAUGCUUCUAUAACCAAUAAACUUCGGCAGACGUUCUUGGACAAUCUGCUUGGUACUUACAAAGAACUGGAACGGUCGUUUAUGGAAAAUAUGUAUGAGCUCCAGAAAGCCCUUGGUUUUCGAUUCCUCUGGAACUUGGACGAUGUCAUGAGCUCGUUCCAACGUAUCGCCUCAGAAAGUGCGAUGGGCACCGGGCAGCUUAAUGGUGCAGUGGAACUCUCUCAAGUAUCUCAACGGUUGGACAACAUUACAACGAAGGCCAAAGGCUGUUUCUCUAAGCUGAAAUACAAAACUAACGUUCAAAAAUGGAGUUUUGAUAAUGUGAAAGACAAACAGAUGUUUGAGGAAAUAAAAACAGGUUCAGCGACAUUCAGUAUAGGAGAGGAUCAAAUUUGUAAAACCUGUCAUAAUGCUCGGCUUAUAAAAAUGUAUGUUGAACUCUAUGGCACUGAGGCGCAACCUAAAGACGUUUGGGAUGUGGUCAGACUCAAUGUCCGCCAUCUAAGUAGAGCUUAUUUCCGCGCUGGUGAUGGCAAAAUAAAGCAAUACCUUACGCCAAUAACAAGCUUAAGGGACCUUAAGUUUGACCGUUUUAGAAUCAGCGAUGAGGAUGAAUGCCGGAAACGUAAAAAGAACGCCGACAAACCUGUGGCUCAUUUCUGCGUCGAAGAGCAGGAUAAACGCCUGAAACCUAUGUGCAGCCACUCCUUAAGCGGUGUCCCGGCAGAUGAUUUGAUGAUGGGAAAUGACGAAUGUACGAGCCCGUCUGGCUUUUACGAGCUCAAAAUCCCUGUUGACAGAGCAUUACCCUGUAAGAGUACAACGAUGCGAGACACCAAUUGCAAAGAUAUUGAUCUAACAAAGUUCACUAAAAUGAACGUUUGGAUGUAUUACAUUUACUGGUCAAAAAAAUACCCUAAGGAUCCGAAUGACCCUGUAUGUUACCUCCAAAAGGAUUCAACUAAGAGUCAUUGAUUGAAAACAUCGAAAAGUUAACGCCAUGAUGUCCGAGAUGAUGAACCGAAACGUCGAUCCCCUUGGUUUGUAAUGAACCUUUUUAAAAUUAUCUGUGAGAUUACAUGAAAAUGUAAAAGGAGAAAUUUCACUUUUCCUCAAUGGAAUGUGUGUGGUACUUCUUUUGUAUUUCCAUGUAACCUUGGCGACAAUUCCACGCAUGUAACAAGGUCGUAUAAUUACCUAUCACAUGAUACAAAUAAAAAUAGCAUUGAAGCAGWGAAGUCA